UGCGAAUGCUCCAUACGGGGGACACCUAACCUGAAUCACCGCCCAAUUACCAGAGCCGACAAGAUGGAUCCGCCCAUGACACCGACACCUGGCAGUGCAGCCCGCCGACCGCCUCUCCGUUCCUCACAUUCGCCUAGCCCAACGAAACGUCCGCAGCGCAAGGAUUAUCCACCCUCUGCUGAUAACAGCGCUAGCUACCGCCCAAUGGGCGAUCGGGCCCCAGGUGGCCCGGUAUCCGUCUCCGAGGCUACCAACGAGACCCGCUUCGAACCCCCCGCUGAUAAUGCUGGCAAAACCCCCAAGUCCUCGAAACGCAAGAAGAACCGCAAUCGCAAACGCCGCAACCGCCACCAAUCUUUUGUCCCGCCCGAUCGCGAGGAAUCUCAUGUUAGUCCUGGGCAGAGUGUAGUCGGUGGAGGCGAUUCAUUGGAGGCCGAUCGGCCAACCUCGAGGGACACCCAGUCGUUCUUCAAGUUGGGACAAAAUUUGAGCAAUACGAGUCUGGAGAGCGAAGCGCUCUUAGAUCAUCGUGACCAACAUUCACUCCGCCCCCGCCGUGACAGUCGCCCUGGAUCAUCAUUGCGCCCUGGCUCGCUCAUGAAUACUAUUUUCCGAUCGAACGACGGACAAUCCCGCUCGACCCCGAGAGCGGGACGAAGCCAACAAUACCAGGACGGAGACAGCGAGGAUGAGGCGGCCAAUGACCGCACACCUUUGAUGCGAUUGACUUCAAAUCAAAACUCCAAUCGCUAUGGGACAGACAACCGCCCAGGCUUGCUCUCGGCUCGUGCUCGACAACCUUCCGUUCAGACGGUCUCAUCUGGCUGCUCGCCUAGAGACAAUCGCAGCCCACUCUAUUCCCCUGCCAUCGACCGAGACUACGAUGUCAACAACCCUCCAUCCAUUCCCGGGUCCCCAAAGCUGGGCCCGGAGAUGAACUACGACGAUGCAGUUGUAACCGGAGCUGACUGGGACUUCACGCUAGCACGGUCUUUGGAGAACCGCAGGGACUCGCUUAACCUCCUGAACGAUACCUUGAUUGAUAUUGAUGGAAAUGGAGUACACCCACAUUCUGCGCCAUCAUCCCCAGGAUCGCCCAUGCUUUCUCCACACCAAGAAAUGCGACGGAGGCGAACUGUGGCACUGCCCGCAGAGGAAGAUGUGUGCUUCCCUACCGAGGCAAUCUCGGAAAUUGGAGAUGAGGGGCCAAGACAGACGGGCGCUGAGGUCGGUGAGCGCCGAAGGCGUAGACACCGGCGGUGGCCUGAUCUCUCUGCUUUGGAAGAAUGGAGUCGUGAAGAGAAAGAGGGACGCAAUGGAGAUUUCGGAGCCAAAAAGAUCAGCGAACCAAUGCUCAUCGAAGGUCGAUUGCGCCCUCAGUACAAAACCUGGAAACGCGAGGAGGAUGAGGCACCUUAUAGGUUCACCUAUUUCAACGAGGAGUUCCCCAGCACCAUCCAUGCCCAGACUAUAUCUGAGCUGGUGCAACCGGGCAGUAGCUUCCGGGAUCUAUUCAUCCCAGAGCCUCCAGAGUUGGAAGACUCGUCAGAUGAUUCAGAUGGCGAAGAGGGAUCAUUCAUGGACAACCCAAACAAUCACCCACAUCUUACCAACACGGCAUCUCAUCCAGAUGCACACAACCAAGCCCAAGUCCAGACCCAGGGCCAGGGCCAUCAGACAAAUGUCAAGCCCAACACAACAGUUCCGAAUACCUCGAUCCCUGCCACACGCGACACAGCCGACCUGAUUUCUGGCAACGCUCCCCCGUCCGAGGACCCUCGCGUUUAUCUGUCAUCAGUGAAGGGCGUGCCGACUCCCAUCGUGAGUUGUCGCCCGCACAAUCGAACAGCCACCUUGAUAUGGCUUCUCGACCCAAACCCAAACGACGCGGAGAUGCGAACCAUCGCAAAGGCAUUUGGCAUUCACGCCCUGACGGCAGAAGAUAUUAUGAUGCAAGAAGCCCGGGAGAAAGUGGAGUUGUUCCGAAGCUACUAUUUCGUCAACUACCGCACGUUCGAGCAAGACACCAACAGCGAAGAUUACCUCGAACCGGUGAACAUGUAUGUGGUUGUUUUCCGCGAAGGUGUCAUAUCCUUCCACUUCUCUCAAACCCCUCAUCCAGCCAAUGUGCGUCGUCGCAUUCGCCAACUGAUGGACUAUCUGAUCCUGAGCUCGGAUUGGAUUUCGUAUGCUUUGAUCGACGAUAUUACGGACGUCUUCGGACCGCUGAUCCAAGCGAUCGAAGACGAGGUCGACGAAAUUGAUGAAAUGAUCAUGCAGAUGCACUCGUCAAGCAAGGAGGGCUCGCCAAGUGACAGCGUGCUCCCAUCAUUCGCUCCAGGCGAGAUGCUUCGCCGGGUAGGAGAAUGCCGCAAGAAGGUCAUGGGACUCUACCGACUGCUCAGCAACAAGGCAGACGUCGUCAAGGGCUUUGCCAAGCGAUGCAAUGAGCAGUGGGAGGUUGCACCCAAAUCAGAAAUUGGUCUGUAUCUGGGUGAUAUCCAAGACCACAUUAUGACCAUGACGGGCAACUUGACGCACUAUGAAACGAUCCUCUCCCGCGCGCAUUCCAACUAUCUGGCGCAGAUCAACAUUCUCAUGAACGAGCGGCAGGAGCACACUGCCGACGUCUUGGGUAAGCUGACUGUUCUUGGUACGAUUGUGCUACCCAUGAACAUCAUUUGUGGCAUGUGGGGAAUGAACGUCAAAGUACCUGGUCAAGAUAUUGACAGCCUGAACUGGUUCUGGUGUAUUACCGCCGGAUUGGUUUUAUUUGCAUUGAUCUCGGUAGUGAUUGCCAAGCGGGUCUACAAAAUUGUAUAG